ACCCAACCCCCUUCAAUUAGCCACUGCAAAAGGAAUGGCUUCCACAUUCGAAAGAGUCAUCAACAUCGCCAGAGAUGGACAUUUCUCUUCAAAUCCCGAUGACCAGAACGAUGUCGGAGACCGAUCUCAGGAGGGUUUUGAUUCGAGAUCGGAUUCGAUUUUUUGGGUUUCAUGAGAUUCAAGAUCAGAUUUUUUGUUUUCAUGAGGUGAGGCGCUUCAGAUUUUUGUUUUCGGUGAGGCGCUUCACAUGCCAGCCCAUAGCCACAGAGAUCAUCAAUCGAUCAUCACAGAGAUCAUCAAAAGAACGAUUCGCAAAAUCAUUCAUCUUCAUACCAGCCCUAACAAGAACCAUGGCAAAAGAUGCAAUAGCCCUAAUGGAUCAUUUGGGUUGGAGAAAAGCCCAUGUUUUUGGCCAUUCAAUGGAGAGCAGAAUGGAUCAAGUAUGUAGGAGUUUUUGCUAACAUGGAAACCAGAGCAAAUCAAGUCUAUGAUGCUGUAAGUACACAAAUUAUCGCAUUUAUUUACCACUAUCUAAAGUUAAUUAAGUACCAUGUUUUCAUGAAUUAGUCAAUACAUGGAUUUCAGAUUUGGUUAGAUUUCAGAUUUGUUUAUUAGAUGUUAUAAAUAUGGUUAGAUUUCUCAAGUUUACUGCUAAUCGAUGGAUUUCAGAUGGAUUUCAGAUUUGGUAUUUAUAGAUGGA